GACCGGAACACUCCUUCCCUCACAAGUCUCACGCCAUUACUUCUCCUCUCUCCCUCCUUCUCCCUCACGGCUCACCACCACAGCCAGCAGCAGCAGCCGUGGCUUCCUCCACCAGUCCGGCUGCGUUUUCCCUUCCCCACGACAGCCACCAGCAGCGCCGGCCCAACUCCUCCCUCCUGGCAGCAGCAACAGCUGCGUUUCCCCUCCCCAACAGCAGCAAGCUGCUGUGACGCCAAGGCAGCAGCAUCACGCAGCUUUCCUCCACUAUCACACACGGUGGGUCACAUCACCACCACAAGAACCACUAACUCCUUGAUUCUUUCUAGUCUCCCCAUUUGGUAUGAAGUGUUGUUUAGUAUACAAUCAAUUUUUCUAAACUGGGCUAUUAAAGAGAAGCAUUGUAGACAUGAGGAAUGUGUUCAAGCGUCUCAAGACAACCAAAUUACUCCCAAAUGGGAUCUUCAACUGUAAUAGAGCUUCGUGUUUUGCUUUCCUUCACUCAUCACCAGUGGACGAUGUUGAAGUUUGUUCCAAGAAGCAAGAAGUCGUUAUUGCAAUUGGGAGCAAUGUUGGUGAUAGAUUAGAAAAUUUUAACCAAGCUCUGCAACAAAUGAAGAGAUUAGGCAUAGACAUCACAAGGCAUGGUUGUUUGUAUGAGACAGAACCUGCAUACGUGACUGAUCAACCGAAGUUUCUUAACUCUGCUUUAAGAGGCUUUACAAGACUUGGACCUCAUGAAUUAUUAGGGGUAUUGAAGAGAAUCGAAAAAGAUAUGGGUAGAACCAAGGGAAUAAGGUAUGGUCCUAGACCAAUUGACUUGGACAUACUAUUUUAUGGGAAGUUUAGGGUGAGCUCUGAGAGCCUCACUAUCCCCCAUGAAAGGAUAUGGGAAAGACCAUUUGUGAUGGCACCAUUGAUUGAUUGUAUUGGGUCUGAUGUAGAAAAUGACACUAUUUGUACAUGGCAUUCAUUAUCAAAUUUUUCGGGCGGAAUCUUUGAAGCAUGGGAUAAACUCGGUGGAAGUUCCCUAAUCGGGAAGGAUGGAAUGAAAAGGGUUUUGCCCGUUGGGAACCGCUUAUGGGAUUGGUCUCAUAAAACCUCUGUAAUGGGAGUCUUGAACUUGACUCCUGAUAGCUUUAGUGAUGGAGGAAGGUUUCAAUCUGUCGAUAUUGCAGUUGCUAAGGUUUGUCAAAUGAUCUCAGAUGGGGCCGACAUAAUUGACAUCGGGGCACAAUCAACCAGACCCAUGGCAACUAGGAUUUCGGCUGAAGAAGAGAUAGAAAGAGUAGUACCUAUAUUAGAAGCUGUCAAGGAUUUGAUCGAGGAAGAAGGAAGAAUCUUAUCGGUGGAUACAUUUUAUUCAAAAGUUGCUUCUGAGGCCGUCAAGAAGGGGGCACACAUUGUGAAUGAUGUCUCUAGUGGGAAAUUCGAUCCUGAGAUGUUCAAUGUUGUUGCGAACCUUAAAGUUCCUUAUAUAGCAAUGCACAUGCGAGGAGAUUCGACUUCAAUGCAAAAUUCUGAGAACUUGACGUACAAUGAUGUUUGUAAGCAAGUGGCUUCGGAGUUGAGCUCUAGGGUCAUAGAUGCAGAAUUAUCGGGAAUUCCUGCUUGGAGGAUGGUUAUUGAUCCCGGCAUUGGCUUUUCUAAGAAUACGAAGCAAAAUUUGGAAAUUCUUAGUGGUUUACAAAAGAUACGGGAAGAGAUAGCUAAGAAGAGUUUGGCGGUAGCUCAUUGCCCCUUGCUAAUUGGACCUUCAAGAAAGAGGUUUCUGGGCGAAAUUUGUAAUCUCCCUGUAGCAGCUGAUAGGGAUCCUGCUACCGUUGCUUCUAUAACUGCUGGAGUUUUAGGUGGUGCAAACAUUGUAAGAGUACAUAAUGUGAGGGAUAACCUUGAUGCUGUCAAGUUAUGUGAUGCCAUACUCGGAAAAUCGGAUUAAUUGCUUGUUUUGGAUUCUUAGAGCUGAUGUUCCUGAUUUUCUUUUGCUUUUAUAUGCCCAAGAUUCAUAGUUUAGGCAAGGUAUAUACUUCCUUAGAGCUGCAUCAAGUUUCAAUGAACAUCAAAUAGCUACACAUUGCCAAUGAUGUCUAGUGGAAAGUUCGAUUUCGAGAAUGAUGAAGUUCGCAAUGCCGGUUCUUAGGGCAUUCGAGGUAGCCGACUGCCUAGGGCGCCAGAAAUAAGGAGUCUCAAAUAUUAAAUGGUGCUAUUCAACCCGAUUUUGAGCAAUACUUUUUAAGUGAUUUGUUUGUGAACCUUUUUUAUAUUUGAAGUAAUAUGAUGUUUUAAGGGCCACAUUUUAAAAGACAUCUGCAAAAAUAAAUAAGGGCCACCAAAAUCUUUGCACCGCCCCUAGAAGUCCGUAAGUAAUUUGCUCGAAAGUAGAGCUUUAGCCCCUAAGGUUAUAGUUCUUACAGAUGUAGAAUCAUUGGCUACUUGGCUAUUUCUGCUUAGAACAUCAUAGCAUUGAUCCAGACUUUGAAUUCCAUGUAGAAUUAUGUUGUGACCGGUGACUCAUGGUCGAAUUGACCCUUUGAGGGAAGUUUAGUGCUGUUGAAGUUGUUCUUUGAGUCUAUGGUUCAAUCUGCUCGGUUUGAUGAAGGUUGGACUGUGUCGAGACAAGAUGGGUCAAAGAGGCCAAUGGACAAGGAGGAGAAGAUCAAGUCGACCUUGGGCAAGCUUGACCAAGUUGCUUGGACGAGCAGAUCAUGCAAACACUGUAAGAGUCUUGAUUCUCUGAAGCUAUGUGAUAUUGUACUCAAAAUGGAAUCUUCGGUAUGAUGUUAGUUUCAAGAUUUUGGUUUUUUCCCCAUAUUUUUGUCCUAUGUUGUAUGCUUUUUUGUAUUGUGCAUCCAUGCAUAUAAUGACAUAUGCUGAGCAAAUUUUGGUGCAAAUUAUUAUUACAGAAUAAAUGUUGAGAAUCUUAUAAGGUAAAAAGUAAAAAUUAGCAAAUUUGGUAAACAUUUUUAACCUAUUGUAAUUUUGCUCAAUAUUUGCAUUUUAUGUGAGGAAAUUGGUUGCUUAGCUAGAAUUGAUGUAAGAUGAAACAUGUAAAUGUUAUCAUGUGAUCCAAGAUUUAUUGAACAAAAGUUUCAACUUUUUCUCGUC